UUAAUAUCAAAUAUGAGAAUUAUAAUUGAGUAUGAUUUUUGUCAUUGCAGUAUGAAGCUCUAGUGACUUUAUUUUAUGAGGAUCGAGUAAUUCUGUGUGAAAAAAGAUAGGAUUGCCUUUAUUUUUGAAAUUCUCAUAUUUAAAAAAAAUUAUAUUAAUUUAAAAGUUUCACAAUCCAGAAGCACACAGAAAAUUCAAAGCACGCAAAUUCAAUUCUUAUCGUGUAUUUAUAUUUGCUAUUUGAUUACCGCGACUGUCAGGAAGUCUGAUAAAAAUACCACAUCCUGAAUCAUGAGAGUAAUUAUAAUAUUACUCUAUUAGAAGUAUAGUUCGCAUCGUGUGUAACAGUUGUGCAGUAAUAUAAUUGCGCAAUAAUACAGCUACACAAGUACAUAGAUCAGAAGAAUUGUUAGGUAUAAAUACACCUUGUGUGUGUGGCGGUUCAAUUAUUACAUUUCUCUCAACAUAAUACAGCACUAAUAAAGUAACACGAGUCAAGAGAAGUGCAACGUGAGACACGCUGGAGAGAAAAAGACUGAAUUCCACGAGGGUACAAUGACGUCCAAGCUUGCGAUCAAGCAUAAAGACUCCCUCGUCUUGAAGGAAAACAGACCGCAAGGAAAGAACGGCGUGACAGAACAGUCCAAGCUGAAGAUAUGCGAGCAACUGUCGUUGCCUUGGUUAACCUUGGGCGUGUUCUUGAUCUACUGGCUCGUCCUCUGUCCUCUAACUUGGGCCAUAAGCUACUACUUUUGGCCGUUCCCGUACUGGCCUCCGGCUAUGACUUAUCUCUUCUGGAUAGUCGCAUUUGUGAUCUGGCUCGUGAUCACGUGCGGGCUGAUAAUCUUCUGGCGACGUCUCCAAGUUGAACAAAGCCUUGAAAUUAACACGACCCCGAAAUACGGCUCGGAUAGCGAGAGGAGUCCUCUGAGCGCCCAUCAGAUAUUAUCCGAAGACGCGGAAUUUCUCGAGACGGAGAAGCGGAACGAUUCCCACGAGUCCGAAUCUAAGAAGAGCGAUCGAGGAAAUCACCUCAAGAGGGAACUGCCGCCUUUGGUGAUACACAAACAAAUAUCCGGUGAAAACAUGGAAGAUACGUCUGGGACGGUACGUGUCGAGGACGAUGAGAGAAGUGGCUUGAAUCACAUCGCCAGUGAUUACGCCGAGAAGAGCGCCUUGCAGGAUUAUCUGAAGCUGGUGACGGUAUCGCCCUCGGAGGAGGUCGAGGUGAAAUCCCCGAGGACGCCGAUGUCGCCGAGGGAGUUGUUCUUCAUCGACCUGAUCCGCGAAGCGGAGAGGGCCGAGAGCGCAGGAACGCGCUUCUUCCCGAGCGAAGCGACUGAGAACGUUGAUGCAAAAACCAACCACGUGAAUGGUACAACGGGUGGAGAGGAUACGGCGGAGCACAGAAAGGACAUGAAAGACGCGGAGGAUGCAAAGAUAGACGAGGAUAAUAAAUGGAGAUCAAAGCCGGAAUCGAGUUACUUCAUAGCCGACGUGGUGGAGAGUCCAACCAGGGAGAAAACGGAGGUCUUCCUGCAGAUCGAUCCGAGCGUGGGCGAGGAGACUGGGGAAAUUAAUUGCGGAGAAACCGAUGCUGAUACUGCAAUCCAUUGAAGCAAAUUCGCAAGAGACUUCCACUUCGCCAAGUUUUAAUUAAAUUGCCAUGGACGAUUACUUAUGGACAAUUAAUUAGAUAACUCGAGAAAUAUAUGGUCUAAACCUAGAAAAGGAUUCAAGUUUUGUUCAAGGAAAAGCUGCUGUAUAAAUAAAGGAUAUCGUGUAGAAACGAUAUAAAAAUGUUGGAUACGUUAAA